GUCGCGUCCAAACAAGUCGCUGACACGUUCCUCUCCACGAAACAUUGAAAUAACACGAGAACAAUAAUGAGGAGCAACUAAGGAAAUAGAGUCCGGGGUAUGUAGACUAUAGAAGAAUACGAAAACCCUACAGAAAGAAGAGAGAAGAGGAAGAUAAAGAGAACGAGACGAUAAAACAUAACUCUUGCGUCACUUUAGAGCAAUUUUUUAACAUGCAGGAAAGAUCGCAGAUUUUACAAGCUCCGUCCUGCUAGUUCUUCACUCCUGCUGUCUCGUCGGUCCUGUGCUGUUUGUUCUGUCAUCUUGGUCUGCUGGCUGCAAUCAGUUUACCUUCCUGAAGAUGAGCAGCAAGAGGAAAGGUUACGAGAGCACACAGAAACCCAAUGGAGACCUGUGCGAGUUUUUGCUCGAACUGGCUGACUAUGAGCGAAAUGUAAAUCGCAACAUUCACAAAUACAAUGCUUAUCGGAAUGCUGCGGCUGCUCUAGGAGAGUAUCCUACGCGCAUUAAAGACGGCAAUGAGGCCAAAAAGAUCAAAGGUAUCGGCACGAAGAUUGCAGACAAGAUUGAAGAGUUUCUGAAUACAGGAAAAUUAACGAAACUGGAGAAGAUUCGUGCGAGCGAGACCAACGUCGCCAUCAACCUGCUCAAUCGCGUGACGGGCAUUGGACCAGCUAAAGCGCGGGAGCUCGUCAACGAAGGAAUUCUUAACCUGGAGGACCUCAGGAAAAACCAAGACAAACUGAAUCAUCAUCAGAUCAUCGGAUUGAAGUACUUUGAUGAUUUCGAAAAGCAGAUUCCAAGAGAAGAAAUUGAAAGAAUUGAGGAUGUCGUAAGAAAGCAAAUCAACGAGAUCGACUCAAAGUACAUCAUUACAAUCUGUGGUAGCUAUCGUCGAGGAGCCAAGAGCAGUGGUGACGUGGACGUUCUGCUGACUCACCCUGCCUACACCUCAGAAACGGAGAAACGGCCAGACCUGCUGAAGAAAGUCGUGAAUCAGCUUAAGGAGGGCCAGUUGAUCACCGAUACCUUGUCAUUAGGAGAUAUCAAGUUUAUGGGCGUGUGUCAGCUGGAGCAGGAUCUCCCUCACCGACGUCUCGACAUUCGACUGUUGCCGCACGACCAGUACUUCUGUGGUAUUCUGUACUUUACGGGUUCAGACAUCUUCAACAAAAACAUGCGGGCACAUGCACUAGAGCAGGGUUUCACACUGAACGAGUACUGCAUUCGACCCAUAGGCAGCACAGGUGUAGCCGGAGAGGCCCUGCCGGUGUCGAGUGAGCGAGACAUUUUCGACUACAUAGACUAUGAUUACAAGGAACCCCACCAAAGGAAUGUGUAGCACGGGGCAGAAGCCGGAUAUUCGUGAAUGUGUAUACUUCACUUAGACGUGUCGUGGGGUUGGUUAUUUGCGGUAGAAUUUUUUUCGUGAUGUUCUUUCCGAUGACCUCGCGCUUUUCUUUUCUUGUUGAAUACAGCUUAUACAAUCACUUUCAGUACAAAAAGUUGUUUUAAGUCAACUUUCAGGAAAAUUGUAUGAUUAGAGAUUAGAUAUUUGUUUAAUGCCUGUACUGUAAUGUGAAGUAUGAGUGUCUAUUUAUUUUUUUAACAAUUUUUUUUUUUUUUUUUUUUUUUUUUUUUUUGAUAACCUUCUGAUUUAAAUUUUAGAUGUGGUUCAUUACAUUUUUUUCUUUUUCUUUUAAAGGAAUGUGUAUUUUUUAAAUAAAGUUGUGGAAACAUAUCAUAUUUGAUGGCAUAUAAGACAAAAAACAAAGAAAAAUCAAAAUGACAAUGGGUCUUAUAUACGAAGGUGUGUACACUUUUUAUCCUCUGAUACCCUGUCAGAGCAUUCUAUAUGCAGUCAAUUUCUAUAAGUCAGAAAUGGGAUCCCGUAGAUGUUAAUGUAAUCCAAUUUUCUGAAGUUUAUCCGAAUAAUGAUAAAGAUUUUAAUCAAAGAGGAAGUAACCAUUGGUAUUUUGUUAGAUACUGUUUGGAAAAUAAAGGAAAACACAUUCA